AUGCUCGGGAGAAGCCUCACAGAUGUCCGGCCACUGCAGCGGUCGCUAUGCGCCCUAAUAGCUCGGGCUCAAUUCUCCGGAUCGGCCUCCACGUCCGGUUGCUAUCUUCUGAAGGCGCCCGAGACGAGGAAUGAUGUUAGGAGAUUUAAAAAGACGUCCGUGCGCAGCAAGCACGUCGAAAGUGUCGUGGUGAAAAAGACGAAGAGCACGAAGCGCCCCGUUGAUGUUUACGAGAAUAUGACGAUAAAGGAGCUCGUCGCGUCGCUGGGCGAGGAUUUUGACUCGGUUUCGGAUGUGCUCUUCAACAUCGACCAGCGAAACCUGGAGGUCGUGGCGGAAAACAAACCGAUCGAUAAAGAAUCGUUGGCAAAGCUCCUCUCCGUUUACAACGCCCGCCCCCGCCUAAUACCGAGGCCGAAAUUGGAGGAGGAAGACUUGGAUCUAUACCCACAGCCCGCCCCACCUGCCAGCGAAUGCGUCAAACGCUCACCGGUCGUGACAAUUAUGGGCCACGUUGAUCACGGGAAAACGACAUUACUAGACGCGUUGAGAAGCUCACGAAUUGUGGAGGGCGAAUUCGGCGGUAUCACGCAGCAUAUUGGCGCUUUUUCAGUGGAUUUAAAAGGCGCGGGAAGGCGGGUGACCUUCUUGGACACGCCGGGGCACUCGGCUUUUGCGGCGAUGCGGGAGCGAGGAGCGCGCGCCACGGAUAUUGUCGUACUCGUCGUCGCCGCUGACGAUGGCGUGAAAGAGCAGACUGUUCAGAGCAUUAAGUUCGCCCAAGACGCCGGCGUGCCGAUAGUGGUGGCUGUGAACAAAGUGGAUAAGCCGGAAGCGGAUCCGGAGCGCGCCAAGCGUGAUCUGCUGCAGCACAACGUCGUCGUCGAGUCGCUGGGCGGCGAAUCGCAAUGCAUCGAGGUGUCCGCGCUAUACAGAAAGAAUUUGCCAGCGAUACAGGAGGCAAUCCUGAUCCAGGCCGACUUGAUGGAGCUGAAAUCCACGAAAAAUGGGCUCGUUGAAGGGGUCGUCAUCGAAAGCACCACUCAACAUGGCGUCGGCAAGGUGUGCACCGUGUUGGUGACGCGCGGCGUGCUGAAGAAGGGAAAAUAUCUCGUUUGCGGCCAUGCAUUGUGCAGGGUGCGGACGAUGACCGACGAGAAUGGGAAGCCAAUGGCCGAGGCGGGCCCUAGUACGCCGGUCCAGAUUUCGGGCUGGAAGGAGGAGCUGCCGACCCCGGGCGACCAGGUGCUCGAAGCCCCGACAGCGGACCGGGCCCAAAAAUGCAUCGACUACCGGGCGAAGCGGGCCAUGGAGAGCAAGGCGGCCAAGGACUGGGAAGAAAUUGCCGGCCAGCGUGAAGAAGAGCGGGCGGCAUAUUUGGCAAAUCGCCAGGCGCUCCUGGACAAGGGCUGGCGCUACGGGUCGACGAUUCGCCAGGUGGUGCACAAAACGCAGAAGUAUCUGCGCGACGAGGGCGGCCAGGAGAAGCCGUCGCUGGCCAUUAUUCUCCGAACCGACGUAGAAGGAACGCUGGAGGCCAUCCUCGACGUCAUCAACACGUAUUCCAGCGAAAAAUGCGAUUUUCAGCUAGUCGACUUUGGAGUGGGAGCGCCGACGGAGAAGGAGCUCGAGCUGGCCAAGGAUACGAAUGCUAUCAUCUACAACUUCAACCUGACGGUUCCGCCCAAAAUUCGAGCGCAAGCCGAGAGCGAGGGUGUCCGUAUUGAAGGCUUCAACGUCAUCUAUCGGCUAGUCGACGGGCUGAAGGCGGAGCUAAACUCGAGAUUGCCGCUGGUCACCGAGCUCGAGCCGCUCGGCGAGGGCCACAUUUUGAAGGAAUUCCUGCUCUCGGAUCGUGGGCGCAAGAAGCAACCGGUCGCCGGCGUGCUGGUCGAUUGGGGCAGUUUUGGAAGAACGUGCAUCUUCCGCUUCUCCCGCCUGGGCGCCGUCUACUACGAGGGCCCGGUCGAGUCGAUGAAGUGCGCGAACGAGACGGUCGGCACGGCAAAGACGAAUACGGAAGUCGGCCUGCUGCUGCCCAACAAGGAAAUCCGCUUCAAGACCGACGACCAGGUGGUGGUGCUCGAAAAGAAGGAGGUUCGCCAAGAGAUCGACUGGUACCCGUCGGGCUUC